UAAUAGUUGUCAGACUUGCACAUACAUACAUAUUGUGGCACAAGCACGAAUUGUGAUAUGCUAUUGUUAUGCAUCUUAUUUAACUGUAGAACAUAAUUUAAACGCACAUUAUAUAAAUUAUUUUUGUUAGCUUCGCAGAUAAGUGGCAGAAAUGUGUUGGUACGUUGGUAAUGAUAUUUCAGUAUGUGAAAAUUCAUUGUAUCGUAAAAUGAAAUCUGCUUAAGGUUAUGCUACGAUACAAGAGGGUUAAAAUAUUUUUAUAAGCAAUUAAAUUUGUAUCACUGUAAAUAAUAAUUGGCACCGAUACAAAUUUUUCGAGUCAUGGUUGAUGAAGCAGUCACUCCAAAUGUGUCGACGUACGAGUAUCGUAUGGUGAACGCUGAAAAUGCUCACAAUACUUCUAGAGAAAGACGAAUAAAAAAAAGAGUAAUGUUUCCGGAAAUGAGAAUGAUCAGUAGGAUCGACUGGAUUACAGUCGGUGUACUGUGUUUCGUUAAUUUAAUAAACUACAUGGAUCGUUUUACGGUCGCUGGAGUACUAACGGAGAUAAAACAUGAUUUUAAAAUCACUAAUGAUAAAUCUGGGUUACUUCAAACUGCAUUUAUUUUAAGUUAUAUGGUGUUUGCACCCUUAUUUGGGUAUUUGGGAGACCGUUACAAUAGGAAGGUUAUUAUGAGUAGUGGCGUAUUUCUAUGGUGUUUAACAACAUUUAUUGGAUCCUAUAUGAAGACAUUUGGAUGGUUUCUUUUAUUCAGGGCACUUGUUGGAAUAGGAGAAGCGAGUUACUCCACAAUUGCUCCAACAAUAAUUAGUGAUUUAUUUGUAAAAGAUGUGCGUUCUAAAAUGCUCGCAUUAUUUUAUUUUGCAAUUCCUGUUGGAAGUGGUUUAGGGUAUAUAAUAGGUGGUGAGGCAGCAAGAGCCACUGGUGCUUGGCAAUGGGGUUUACGCAUUACUCCAUUAUUAGGUGUAAUAGCAAUUAUUUUAUUGCUUGCAGUAGUAAGAGAUCCUAUUAGAGGAGAGAGGGAAGGUGGAGUUCACUUGUCAAAUACUGCGUGGUCAAAUGAUGUCAAGGCAUUAUUGAAAAAUCGAAGUUUUAUGCUUUCUACUGCUGGAUUCACAUGUGUGGCAUUUGUUGCUGGUGCAUUAGCUUGGUGGGCUCCAACAUUUUUACAAUUAGGAUUUGCAUUGCAUCCUAAUGGGCAUAAUGUUGAUCCAGAUGAUGUAGCAUACAAAUUUGGAUUAAUAGGAAUGGUAGCUGGCUUAAUAGGAGUGCCACUGGGUUCACUUCUAGCUCAAAAAUUAAGAGUACGGUGGCAGCAAACUGAUCCUCUGAUAUGUGCUACGGGACUUUUAAUUAGUGUACCAUUACUGUUCUUCGCGACUAUAACUGCUAAUACAGACUCUGUCGCAUGUUAUAUACUCAUAUUCUUUGGACAAUUAUCAUUAAACUUAAAUUGGUCUAUUGUAGCAGAUAUAUUAUUGUAUGUAGUAAUACCAACAAGGAGAUCUACAGCAGAAGCUUUCCAGAUACUUAUUGCACAUGCCUUUGGAGAUGCAGGAAGUCCUUACCUUAUUGGUUUGUUAUCAGAAGGACUGAAAACAGUUCUUCUUUCAGACUUGAGUAUAGACGGUCAAGUAAAAGACAUAACAGACCAAGCUGACAAUGCACUUCUUGAAUUUCGCAGUUUGCAGUACGCUUUGUUUCUUACAAUGUUUGUGGCAGUCAUUGGCAGCUUAUUUUUCUUCCUUACAGCAUUGUACAUACAAAAGGACAAAGCCUUAGUCGAUCUUAUGAUCGCAGACAAGUAUCUAGAUUCUAAGAAUAAUGGGCAAGCUGAAUCAACAUAUUUAUAAAUGGCAUCAUUGGGCCUUUCCUGAUAGAGUGCUGUAAAUCUGGUGCAAAUACUUCAGAUUCAAUGUACAUAUGUAAUGAUGAAGUUGAAAAUGAGACACAAGAUGAUACGCAAAAACCGUGAUGGUGAAUGUUUUAAAUAUUUUCAGAUUUAUUGACUACAAGUAAGUUAUAUAAUUUGACAUUCAAGUGUAACCAUCGCAGCAACGAAUAUUUAUUAAGUAGGGAGAAGUGUUCAUUUGAUCCAGAAUGAGCAAUUAUUAUAUUAUGACCCAACUGAUGCAAUGAUAAAAUGUUUUGAAUACAGAACCUAUAUACCAGAAAAAAUUUUUAUGAAUUUCAUUAGUUUGUACUUAUACUCAGAGAGGCAGUUAUGUUGAUAAUGUACAAAAAUAUUAAGCUUGGCGAAGAUUAUAUUUAAAUAGAUUAAAAGCUAUUUAACAUAUAUAUGUAUUAUAGUAAUUUUGCAUAUUAUAUUUUUAUAGUAACUUUCAUCUAACACAGAAAAUACAAUAUUCUUGCGUGGUAUGUAAAAUAAAUAUUUAUCGGUCGCGUCCUGUAACAAAAUUGACAUUUUGUUAUUAAACAUCUUUGUAUUUGAAAAAAUUAGUAACUCUAUUCUUACUAAAUGUUUAUAAUCUCACAAUUUACGUGCCUUACAUGCACUCGAAAUAUAUCUAAUAAAAUUGUUCAAUUUAAAUAAUUCUUGUAGCGAGAGAUAUAAUAAAAUAUAUUGCGAUAAGACAUCUCUAAAUAAAUUAUUUGAUUAAUAUAAUUUACUUAGUUUCAAAGUAAAAUAUGUGUGAAAUUAUAUUUAGAAAUGAUAAUAGUAUUUAUUUUUUUAUCUUUAAAAACUGAAAUAAAAUAAAAUAUAUCUUAUUAGACAGUUACUUUGGUAUGUAAGAUCAUAAAUAAUACUUUUAUAAUUCCCUCUCUAUUUAAUCAUAUAUUUUUAUGUAUAUUACAUGUAAUACUUCAAUCUUUUUCGUUGUAAUAACUAUUUAAAAAAAUAUAAAAUAUGCGUUUUGUAAUA